AUGAGGAGACUACCUCUCCUACCAUCGGCUUCCAUCCCUCACCAGAUCCGUCGUGCCCUGCUCUCCUACCGCUCCUCGCCCUCCUUUCCCCUCGAAGCGCGAUGGGCCGUCGCAGCCUCCGGUCUCGAGAUCGAGCGUCUCUUCUCCUCGGCCGCGGCCGCCCUCGCCGACAUCCAACCCGGUGAGAGCCACCACGCCUCCGCAGACCCCUUUGGCGAUGCCGCCGCCACACUACCCAAGCUGCCGUACCGCUUCGAGACCGGCAUCGCACUGUUCGCCAAGCGGGCGCCGCGGCCGUUCCCCCCGCCUUUUCUCAGCCCGCCGAGCGGCUCCUUUAGCGAUCCGCUGAGUACACACCACCGCAGCCGGGACCGCCGCGCAUUCGUCAAUGGCGAGUUGAUCCAGGGGUGGACAAAUGGCGACGAUGCUGUGUUCGAGAGCGACUACUUGAUCUGCGCGAACGAUGGGGUGGGGGCUUGGUCGGCAAGGCCCAGGGGGCAUGCUGGGCUCUGGGCGCGUUUGAUAUUACACUUUUGGGCAAGGGCGAUGUUUGAGGAUGCCGAGCGACCGCGGCCGGCCGGCCAGCCGUACGAGCCAGUUCCGAUUAGGUACCUACAGCAGGCGUAUGAGCAGACCAUCGAAGCAACGUCAGAGCCGGAUUGGCAAGGUACUACGACAGCUUGCGGGGCACAAUUGCACUACAAACAGGCUGGUGAAGCAGAGCCCAGCAAGAAGAGCGACACUGGCAAGGAGACACAUGGGACGGAACCUUUACUCUACGUGACGAACCUUGGAGACUCGCAAGUGAUGGUUGUGCGGCCUAGUGCAGAAGAGCUCGUCUUCAAGACAAAGGAGCAGUGGCAUUGGUUCGACUGCCCGCGGCAAUUGGGAACAAACAGCCCGGAUACUCCAGUAUCCAAUGCUGUGCUAGACAAGGUGUCGAUACAGGAGGGGGACAUCGUUCUCGCUAUGACUGACGGCGUCAUUGACAACCUUUGGUCUCACGAGAUCGUCGAAAACGUCAGCAAGAGCAUCAAAAGGUGGGAGGCAGGAGAGGGCGGAAAGGGCCAUGGUGGAGAUAGGACAGGAGGAGCAAACGGUGGCAUGACAUUUGUUGCGGAGGAGUUAAUGGUUGCGGCCAAGACGAUUGCGCUCGAUCCAUUUGCCGAGAGUCCCUUCAUGGAGCAUGCCAUCGAGGAGGGUCUCGCGAGUGAAGGAGGAAAACUUGACGACAUCAGUGUCGUAGCAGCACUUUGCACUCGCAACCCCUCAUGGGAUGAGAAGUAG